AUGUUUAAACCAAAAAUGAUAGAAAAUGAAAAAUCACUACAAUGUUCAUAUAAACAUAACCUUCCAAUAGUUUAAGUUGUUCUUAACCCUUUAUUAGAGAAGGAAUAGAGACUCUUAUGUAAUGAGUGUUUGGACAAUGUAGAUAUAGAAGGAAAAGCAGUUGGGUUCAAGAAAAUAAUUCAAAUGAUUGAAGAAUAAUAAAAGUUAAGAAUAGAUCAAGUUGAAAAUAUAAUCAUCAUUAACAUAAAAUAAAUUGAAUUAAUUCAAAAUCAAAUAGAUUAGUUGAAAUAAAAUAUCAUUCAAUAAUUAGAUUAAUUGAAAUUUAUUGUUCAUAAUUGGAUCAAUAAUCUUUAGUCUAUAGGAUUGAGAUAUUAAACAUACAGUUUUCAUGAAGAAUUAGAAAAUAUAAUAAAUAAUAGAAAUAAUCUGAAAAUGAAUGAAAAUUUAUUAAUAAAGGAUAUAUAUGAAGAAUAUAAUAAUUGGUAUUCAAAACUAGCCCUUAAAUUAGAAUUAUUCAAUGAAUUUCCAGAAUAUAAAUAUAAUAACUGCAAAGAAAUAUUAUUGAAUCAUCAAUUAAUGAUUUAAAAGUUUGAUUUGAUAUCAAAUAAAAAAGAUGAACAAUAAAUUUUACUUUCAGAAGAUAACAUAAUCUUAAAAUAAACUGAUUUCUCAGUUAAAUAAAAUGAACAUUGUAUAAGUAUAGCUUUUAAUUCUUCUGACUCAAUCAUGGUAUCAACAAAUGAAAGUAUUAUUAAUGUAUGGAAAUUUUAUAAUGGAAAAUUAGAAUUACUAUAAAGGUUGAAGUAACAUACUGAUUGGGUAAAUGCCUUAGUUUUUAGUAAGAAAUAGAAUUCAUUUAUUUCAUGUUCAAGUGAUAAUACAAUAAGAAUUUGGAAAGUUUAGGGGGCAAAUGAUUGGAUUAGCUCAUUUCUAUAUGAAAAACAUACUGAUAGAGUUUACUGUAUGACUGUAAAUUAAAAUGAGGAUUAAUUAUUUUCUGGAAGUUUGGAUAAGACAAUAAUAGUAUGGAAAUUAGAUUUCAAAUAGAAUUAAUUGAUAUAUCAAUAUUCAUUGGAAAAACACGAUUAAAAAAUUUAGUCAUUAAGUUUAAAUUAAUCAGAAAGAUAACUAGUAUCUUGUGCGGGUUAAAUAAUUAUUUGGGAAAGAGGAUUAAAUAAUAAAAUGGAAUUUAAAUAUUUUGUUAACCUGCCUGACAAUAUUUAUGGAUAAAAUAUAUAGUUUAUCAAGGAGAAUUAAUUUGUUUUGUAUCCUGGUAGUAAAUAAGUUGACGAAAUUUUCAUAUUUGAAUAAGAAGAAGGCGAAUAUCAAGAGAAUUAGGAAAAGAAAAUUUAAAUAAAUUAAAAUAAGAAUAUAUAGAAUAUGUACUUAUUUCCAAUAGUUUAUAAUAAAUAAAGUAAUUUGAUGAUAGUAAGGCAUAAAGCUUGCAUCUAUUUUAUUAGGGAAUUAAAUAAUGGAAAGUUCAAAAUAGUUGAAUAAUUAAAUUUAAAUACAAAUAGUAUUUAUGGAGCUGUCACAAAUAAUAGUUAACAUUUAGUUUUUUGGGAUAAUUAUAAAGGAGAGUAUUCAAUAUAUGAAUUAUAAUAUAAAUGA